ACUCAUCCCACUUUACUCGUGGUUUAGUGUAAGAUUAGGGAAACCAAUUUGCACAAACAACCUCACACGAAACGCACCCUAUUUUGUCGUAUUAGCAUUUUUACAGAAGCUUGUCACGUUGAUGAUGCAAUCUUCGAACCAAAUAUAACACGAUGCUUCUUUCUUCAAACUUCUUCACUUCUUCUUCUUCUUCUUCUUCUUCUUCUUCUUCUCGAUCCCAAUCUCAAUCUUCAUCUUUCUAGGGUUUUUCAAUUUCACCGUUCACAGCUCCAUCAACACCACACCUUCCUUGAUUUAAAAAUGGAUGGACCAGCUGGCAGAGGUGGUUCAGGUGCAGACUUGUUUUUACCAAAUUAUAAAUUGGGAAAAACACUUGGUAUUGGAUCCUUUGGCAAGGUAAAAAUUGCUGAGCAUGUAUUGACUGGUCAUAAGGUUGCCGUCAAGAUCCUUAACCGUCGCAAGAUAAAGAACCAGGAAAUGGAAGAAAAAGUGAGAAGAGAAAUAAAAAUUUUAAGAUUGUUCAUGCAUCCUCACAUUAUAAGACUGUAUGAGGUCAUAGAAACUCCAACUGACAUAUUUGUUGUCAUGGAGUAUGUGAAGUCUGGGGAGCUAUUUGAUUACAUUGUAGAAAAGGGUAGGUUGCAAGAAGAUGAAGCUCGUAAUUUUUUUCAGCAGAUAAUAUCUGGUGUUGAGUACUGUCACCGGAAUAUGGUUGUUCAUAGAGACCUGAAGCCUGAAAAUUUGCUUUUGGACUCUAAGUACAAUGUCAAGAUCGCUGAUUUUGGAUUAAGCAACAUAAUGCGUGAUGGGCACUUUCUGAAGACCAGUUGUGGAAGCCCCAACUAUGCAGCUCCUGAGGUUAUCUCUGGGAAACUGUAUGCUGGACCUGAAGUAGAUGUCUGGAGCUGUGGUGUAAUUUUAUAUGCUCUUCUUUGUGGAACUCUUCCUUUUGAUGAUGAAAACAUUCCAAAUCUCUUCAAGAAAAUUAAGGGAGGAAUAUACACUCUUCCUAGUCAUUUGUCACCGGGUGCUAGAGAUUUAAUACCAAGGAUGCUUGUGGUUGACCCAAUGAAGAGGAUGACCAUACCUGAGAUCCGCCAACAUCCGUGGUUCCAAGCCCGUCUUCCGCGUUAUUUAGCUGUGCCGCCCCCCGAUACAAUGCAACAGGCUAAAAAGAUUGAUGAGGAAAUCCUUCAGGAAGUGGUGAAUAUGGGAUUUGACAGGAAUCAAUUGAUUGAGUCUCUUCGCAACAGGAUACAAAAUGAGGGUACUGUGGCGUACUAUUUAUUAUUGGACAACCGAUUCCGUGUUUCCAGUGGCUAUCUUGGAGCUGAGUAUCAAGAGUCCAUGGACUCUACUUUUAACCAAAUGCACCCCAGUGAAGUUGCUUCUUCAGUUGUUGGACAUCGUUUUCCAGGCUAUAUGGAUUAUCCAGGAGCAGGAUUGAGACCACUCCCUGUUGAAAGAAAAUGGGCUCUUGGGCUUCAGUCUCGAGCUCAUCCUCGUGAGAUCAUGACUGAGGUCCUUAAAGCUCUGCAAGAAUUAAAUGUUUGUUGGAAGAAAAUUGGGCACUACAACAUGAAGUGCAGGUGGGUUGCUGGCAUUCCUGGUAAUCAUGGAGGAAUGGUGAACAAUUCUGGGCAUAAUAAUCAUUACUUUGGAGAUGAUUCCAGCAUUAUUGAGAACGAGGCUGUUUCUAGUUCAAAUGUGGUCAAAUUUGAAGUGCAGCUUUACAAAACUCGGGAAGAAAAGUAUCUGCUUGAUCUUCAAAGGGUGCAUGGUCCGCAGUUUCUUUUCUUGGAUCUAUGUGCUGCUUUCCUUGCACAGCUUCGUGUCCUCUAAAGCAAGGAGCUCAGGCUCGUGAGAUACUUGAGAUAUGUCUUAUUUUGCAUGUGAAUAUGCUUACAUUGUACAUAUAGAUGUCUUCAGUUUCAAACUAUCUUUGGAUACCCCGGUUUUUCUAUGGGUAAUCAUUAUUAUUAGCCAAUCCUGAAUAUGGGAUUUGCUUUGGUAACAAUGAUGUAAUCAGAGUUUAAUUUUAUCAUUUUGAUGAUAAUUCUGGGGAAGUCAUGAAAGAAUCAGCCUUUGUUGCUAUUGCAGAUUAGCCUUUGGUUUGGUUUUAAUGUUAUGUAAUUUCAGAUUGUUCAUGUAUGAAUGCUACAUAACAAAUGUGUUCAUCUUCCAGGUGGGGUGCAGAUAGAACAAUCCCUCUCUAUAGUGUAAGGUAUUGAACACAAUUUAUAUUUGCAAAGCCUUGAACUCUGAGGUUUCUUUGUUUGA